AUGUUCAAACUUUUUGUAUUUCUUGGGAUUGCUGCUAGCCAAUUUACUAUUGUCCCUGUUUUAUACAGCCAAUAUACGUCACCUUUUCUGAUCAAUUAUUUUAAGAGUACUACUGACUGUUCAGAUUUAAAUGAUGAAAGAUGUAAAAUUGCCUCCCAAUUUCGGUUCAAGGUUUAUGAGGUAUCAGAUUCAUCCGACUUAGAAAGCAUUUUUAUGGGCUCAGAUACAAUUAUCAUGUAUGAUGGGUGUGCCUCGCUUGGGCUGACAACGCUAAUAAACGAAUACGCAAGAAAAUUAGGAUUUCUUCAGCUUAUUAUAGGCUAUGCCUCUGAAAAAACUUUGCCAUAUGUGUUUUACACAGAUUAUUCUUAUAAAUCUUAUGUUAAUGCAGCUUUAUCUAUUGCAAAAACUUAUAAAAUUGAAAAAGCAAUCGUUAUCAUCAGUAGUGAAUUUUCUGAAAUGGAUUUUUCGAAUAAUGAAGGAAUUGAAAUAGUAGCACAGUUAAUAAUAUCUCAAGCAGCCACUUAUGAGUAUAUUAUUUGAUUAUUUUCAAAAAAACUCAAACAAUUAGGUGCUAAAUUGUUUUAUUUCAAAACAAAUCCAGAAAUUUCGAAAUUAAUCCAGAAAGCAUUGGUUGAAGCCGAUAUGAAUAAAGAAGACUAUUUGUAUAUUUAUAUGCAAGAAGCGGCUUGAUCAGCUUAUAUAGAAGGAUCAAUGCUAUUAGAAGGGAAAUGGUUUCAUAGCACUGAUAUUUUUAAUUAUAUUGAUAACCUGGUAUAUUGAGGAUCAGUGAUUGUUUAUGGUUUGUUGGCUGAUAAUCCAGUCCAUGGAUCAUAUUCAGGAUAUGUAUUAAAUACCCUUUUAGCUGCUAUAUUUACGCCUGAAAUAUUGGGAUUUUCAAUUUACAAUAUCCAAAAUGGGAGUGUAAAACAAGUUGGAGUAAUAAAUGGCAGUGGAACAACAAUUUACCCAAAUGUUGUAUUCCCUGGAGGAAACCUAUCUCCUCCAAAUUCUGAAAAAAUUUAAAAUUCCAAUAAGCAUAAAUGGGGCAAGACAUGCAAAUGAUGAUCUCAAUGUGAUAGACCAAAUAGGGUUUACUUUAGCUAUAAAUGAAAUUAA